AUGUUUCCUCCAAUGGCCACUCACCAUCAAGAGUGUGGAAACACCAAUGCAUUGUGUACCAACAUGAACAAUAGUCCAUUUCACCCUCCCCAACAACAACAGCAACAAAUUCAUUCAUUUUCCUCCGUUUCCUCCUUCCCGCAGCAACCACUUCCUUCCACUCCCUCUCAUCAUCCUCCAAUGAAUAUUAAUCAUCAUGAUCAUCAUCAACAGCAACAACAACAGCACCUUACACAAUCUUCUGUUUUUGAUUCAUUCUCUCCCUUCUCUAAUUUUCAUAUGAGUUCUUCUCCGAAUAAUUCCUCUCAAGGCUCUUUCAUUGGUGAAAGGUAUCACGGACAAGGAUUGCAAGGAAAUUAUGAAUAUGGAAAUCAAUUCAGCCAUACCCCUUUCCAAUGGCAUUCCUCUCCAUCCAAUGAUGGCCUUCAUCAUUAUCCCACUACCAACUCAAACUCCUCUUCUGGUUUGAAUAGCACGACCAAAUUGGAAAAUUUAGAAUUCUCAGCCAAAACCAAAGGAAGUUCUUCUUCGUUCCAUCUGAAUACAAUUCAACAACAACAUGAUAGUCUUUCAACUAGCAAGAGAAGAUCCAGUAACUUUCAUUCCAUUUUCACUCCUUCACCUCCUCAAUUUCAAUCCAAUGAUCUUCAACCUUGUAAAAGUCUCCGAACCACACAUACACCCGUACCAAUUGGUACGAGUCCACAUUAUUCCACUCAUGCAUGCACCCCAACUGGUCAUUCUCCUUUUCAACUUUCUUCAUCGCCUUUCACGAGAGAGAAUUUUAAUAACACUCAUCAUCAUCAUCAAACACAAUUACCUUCACCGCCAAUGCAUCCAUCAUCCAUUCAGUCGACGCAACAAGCUGCUAUAAUGACCCUGAAUAAUACUAACAAUAGCAACAAUAGCAACAACAAUAACAAUAGCAACAAUAGUAUUCUACCAACAUUUAGUUCUUCCAGAAAUCGUUCCACCACGACUUCACUUGUUGCUGCCCGUAGAAGCUUGCCCAAUAAUUUUCCCAGCACGAGUAAGGAACAACAUGGAAACCACCACAUCAUGACACCUUCGUCGUUCCUCCUUAACUCGUGCCACUAUACAACCACAACAACGGCAGACAAGUCUCCAUUGAAAAAGUCGAAUAGUGUGGCCAUUGGUUCUGAGAAUUCCCAUUUUCACAUGCUAGAUUCAGACGAUGAGAGAGAACAAGCUCCUCCCAGUGCUCCUAAAAAGAAGAAACCAACCAAGAAGAUUGGAACUCGAAGAGCCUCCUCCUGUAGUAGUGUAUAUAAGAAUUUAUUUGAGGAAGAACGAGCGUUUGAAUUACCAAUUCAUCCUCAUGGUGAAGAGGAAGAGGAUGACACUGUGGAGGAUGGAGACAUUCGAGGAGGUCCCAUGGAAAACACACAUGAAAAUGUUCAAGAUGUAUCGUAUUCGGCGAGUAGUAGUAGUAAUCAUUCACAUUACAGCAUUGGAUCCAUGUUUCUGGAGACGCCAUCUCCAUGUACGCCACGAGAUCAAUCGACCUAUUCGUCGAACAGUGGUCAUGGAAUGCACAGUUUGAGUCACUCGAAAAAUCAACUCUUUGGUCAAAAUUCUUGUAAUAAGAGUUUUGUUUUACCUUCCACGAUACGACCUUUCAAUGGAAAUGCAAUCCCUUUUGCUACGCCCAUUCAUCAAGCAAGUCAUCAUAAUCGAUUGUUGGCAAGUACUCCUGCUUCCUCAACGACAAGUAGUGCUCCCAUUCUGGAAUGUGAAUUGACUGGAUCUGAUGAUGAAUUCAUGUCGAGUCUUAUGAAACCUCCUCCACCAAGGUUGUCCUUAAAUAUGAAGAGUCAUCACUCCCAACAGCAGCAACAACAAAAUAUAUUCAACGAUUUUACAUUGGGGUGUGACGAUGAGGAAUUGGAACAAAAUGAAGAUGAUAUUUUGAAUCCACCAACACUUGUGGCGAGUGAGAACCAAGCUGUUAUUGGUGGCUCUGCACUCUUUACAUCCUCACCGAGACGAUCCAAGUACGAUAGCCCCAUUGAUCAAGAAGACGAAACCAUGAACGAAGUGGUAAAUUUAUUUGGUAGCCCAGUAUCCCUAGAGUCUAAAAAGAGAAAGGCGUUAAGAAGUCCUUCAUUUCACAGAUACAAAUCUCGAGACGAUAUGGACAAUGAUGAUAAUGAUUCACCCCCCAAGUUUGAAGAGUUUGAAAGAUUUGAGCCGUUCUUAGUGAACCCUAAAGCGAAAUUGAAAACAAAAUAA